UCGUAUAACUUAGUCGUAUAAACUAAAAUGUUUUAGUUAGAUUAAAAUGAUGUCAUGAAGCAGGUUCUGUUGUCUAGUUUGGAUCUCCCCACAACUGUCAACAAUGAUCUCAAAACCGACGGGAAUAUGUGAUCAUCAAUGAUCACAAACACAUGGGGACAUGUAAUUAUCAAUGAUGACAAACACAAAGGGACAUGUAAUUAUCAAUGAUGACAAACACAAGGGGACAUGUAAUUAUCAAUGAUCACAAACACAAGGAGACAUGUAAUUAUCAAUGAUGACAAACACAAGGGGACAUGUAAUUAUCAAUGAUGACAAACACAAGGGGACAUGUAAUUAUCAAUGAUGACAAACACAAAGGGACAUGUAAUUAUCAAUGAUGACAAACACAAAGGGACAUGUAAUUAUCAAUGAUGACAAACACAAAGGGACAUGUAAUUAUCAAUGAUGACAAACACAAAGGGACAUGUAAUUAUCAAUGAUCACAAACAGAAGGGGACAUGUAAUUAUCAAUGAUGACAAACACAAGGGGACAUGUAAUUAUCAAUGAUGACAAACACAAAGGGACAUGUAAUUAUCAAUGAUCACAAACAGAAGGGGACAUGUAAUUAUCAAUGAUCACAAACAGAAGGGGACAUGUAAUUAUCAAUGAUCACAAACAGAAGGGAACAUGUAAUUAUCAAUGAUGACAAACACAAAGGGACAUGUAAUUAUCAAUGAUGACAAACACAAAGGGACAUGUAAUUAUCAAUGAUGACAAACACAAGGAGACAUGUAAUUAUCAAUGAUGACAAACACAAGGGGACAUGUAAUUAUCAAUGAUGACAAACACAAGGGGACAUGUAAUUAUCAAUGAUGACAAACACAAAGGGACAUGUAAUUAUCAAUGAUGACAAACACAAAGGGACAUGUAAUUAUCAAUGAUGACAAACACAAAGGGACAUGUAAUUAUCAAUGAUGACAAACACAAAGGGACAUGUAAUUAUCAAUGAUGACAAACACAAGGAGACAUGUAAUUAUCAAUGAUGACAAACACAAGGGGACAUGUAAUUAUCAAUGAUGACAAACACAAGGGGGCAUGUAAUUAUCAAUGAUGACAAACACAAAGGGACAUGUAAUUAUCAAUGAUGACAAACACAAAGGGACAUGUAAUUAUCAAUGAUGACAAACACAAAGGGACAUGUAAUUAUCAAUGAUGACAAACACAAGGAGACAUGUAAUUAUCAAUGAUCACAAACCAAGGGGACGUGUAAUUAUCAAUGAUCACAAACCAAGGGGACGUGUAAUUAUCAAUGAUGACAAACCAAGGGGACGUGUAAUUAUCAAUGAUGACAAACCAAGGGGACGUGUAAAACAUAACGUAAACCUAGUGAGUGACAAUGACCCAUUUUUUUAUCAUGCUAUGUAUUGGGGCCAAAAACAUAUAUUUUGUUACUAGCCAGUUGUUGUCAUUUGUUGGCUUGGAUGUUGAAGUGCUUACUGGUUCAUUUUGAUUUUCAAUUCACCUUGCCUGAAUGUCUCUGUGAAUUAAUGUCAUGGUGUAUUGUCUGUUGUCUCUCUGUAUACUGUACUUCUUUUCUUUUUCAGUUUCUGCCAAGAAUAAUGACAUCUAGUGUAAUUUCAGAUGCAGCUGUAUUUUGAAUGACCUUGGCCAUUCAAUAUUUUUUUAUAAGAACUUGACACAACCUCUUCUAAAGUCAAUGGUUUUGAUAGUGAUGGUACUCAUUAAAGGCCAGUUAUAGGAUUUUACGGUGGUUUUCAAACUGUCCAAUUAUCUUAACCAACAUGUAGGGUCAUAUAGUUCAAAUGCAAUUAAAGUUAAAAAAAUAAUGAGAAAAACAUGUUUUCAGAAAGACUUUGAUGCUAAAAAAGGGGACAAAUAUUUGAUGUCAUGCUUACCACCUCUUUUCAAAUUAAUGGCAUUUGUUCAAGUAAUUGCCAAACAAUUGAAAAGAAAUCUGUUGCCUAGAAAAUCAUUAAGUUUGUUUCAAAUAUGUCCAAGGCCUUCUUUCAAAUUCAAUUUAUGGUACGAAACAUGUAUCUCAAUGACAUCAUUUGAAGGUUCAGAUCAUCCACUGUAUGUGUCAAGGUUCAGAUCAUCCACUGUAUGUGUCAAGGUUCAGGUCAUCCACUGUAUGUGUCAAGGUUCAGAUCAUCCACUGUAUGUGUCAAGGUUCAGGUCAUCCACUGUAUGUGUCAAGGUUCAGAUCAUCCACUGUAUGUGUCAAGGUUCAGAUCAUCCACUGUAUGUGUCAAGGUUCAGGUCAUCCACUGUAUGUGUCAAGGUUCAGGUCAUCCACUGUAUGUGUCAAGGUUCAGGUCAUCCACUGUCUGUGUCAAGGUUCAGAUCAUCCACUGUAUGUGUCAAGGUUCAGAUCAUCCACUGUAUGUGUCAAGGUUCAGAUCAUCCACUGUAUGUGUCAAGGUUCAGGUCAUCCACUGUAUGUGUCAAGGUUCAGAUCAUCCACUGUAUGUGUCAAGGUUCAGGUCAUCCACUGUAUGUGUCAAGGUUCAGAUCAUCCACUGUAUGUGUCAAGGUUCAGGUCAUCCACUGUAUGUGUCAAGGUUCAGAUCAUCCACUGUAUGUGUCAAGGUUCAGGUCAUCCACUGUAUGUGUCAAGGUUCAGAUCAUCCACUGUAUGUGUCAAGGUUCAGAUCAUCCACUGUAUGUGUCAAGGUUCAGGUCAUCCACUGUAUGUGUCAAGGUUCAGGUCAUCCACUGUAUGUGUCAAGGUUCAGGUCAUCCACUGUAUGUGUCAAGGUUCAGGUCAUCCACUAUGUGUCAAGGUUCAGGUCAUCCACUGUAUGUGUCAAGGUUCAGGUCAUCCACUGUAUGUGUCAAGGUUCAGGUCAUCCACUGUAUGUGUCAAGGUUCAGGUCAUCCACUGUAUGUGUCAAGGUUCAGGUCAUCCACUGUAUGUGUCAAGGUUCAGGUCAUCCACUGUCUGUGUCAAGGUUCAGGUCAUCCACUGUAUGUGUCAAGGUUCAGGUCAUCCACUGUAUGUGUCAAGGUUCAGGUCAUCCACUGUAUGUGUCAAGGUUCAGGUCAUCCACUGUAUGUGUCAAGGUUCAGGUCAUCCACUGUAUGUGUCAAGGUUCAGGUCAUCCACUGUAUGUGUCAAGGUUCAGAUCAUCCACUGUUUGUGUCAAGGUUCAGAUCAAUUAA